AAUAGCUGCCAUCAGGAAAGAGCAAAAACAAAGAAGAUGAAUACUCCGACCACUAUCCUCACCAUCUUCGUUUUCCUCUUCCCUCUUGCCUUCUGCCUCGACUCCCCCGCUCCGGCCCCCUCCGCCCCCGUCUCCGUCUCCACCCCUGCGCCUGCCCCUGCCCCCACCCAUGGCGGCCACGCUCUGAUCGACAAGGCCUGCGCCGAAUCGCCGCGCAAGGAGUUCUGCCUAUCGCUCCUCAAAUCCUUCCCCGAGAGCCAGACCGCCGACCUGAAGGGGCUGGUCUUCCUCACUUUCAAGGCCAUAGCCAACAACGCCACCGCCGCGUCGAAGAGGAUCAAGGCGCUGCUGAACGACUCGAUCGCGGAGCCGGCCAUCGAUGACGGGCUCUCCACCUGCGACGACGCCUACUUGGACCUGGUGAACCAGAUCGAUGACUCCGUGAACUCGUUGGUGUCGGAUAAAUUCGGCGAGAUCAAGACGUGGCUGAUGGCUGCCAUUGCGGAUAUCGACACUUGCGCGGGCGGCUUGCAAGGACACGGCGGCUCCGCUGUGGAUAUGAUUCGCCGGAACCGUGUGAUUCGCCAGCUUUGCAACACUGCUCUCAGCAUUGUCCGUGCCCUGGGUCCCGACUGAUCCAUCCAUAUCUUGCAAUGCCUAAAAUAUAUAUCUACCACUGUUGUCCCUAAUUCAUCAUUUCUCAUUAUUAUUAUUAUUAUUAUAAAAUAUAAGUAAUAAAUAUGCCCAAAAAUCAUUCUUAAGGUGUUUCUGUUUCCUUUUCAUUUAUCCAC